AUGGAUUUAUCGAUGAACGCACAACAAGGAUGUCUUCAUUUCGCCAAAAGUAAUUCUCUUUUCGAUAUGAUCAUCUCCGCUUUUAGUUUAAAAAACCAUACUACUUAUUUUAUGCAAAAUACUAACAUAUGCUUUUUAUCAUUAAAAAAACAGAAAACUAAAUUUCAGCUACAACUAGACAAACUGAACGUCAUACUUGAUAAACAAACUGGUUGUACAAUUAAUUUAAAUGAAAUGGAAAAUGAUGAUGGAGACUUUUUCACACAUACUGAAGAGGAGGAACAUUUGAAAUCAUUUUUUCAUCUAUUUUCUCUACUCGCUCAGAAGGUAAAAAAAUUGGCAUUAAUUUCAUCAAGUGAAGAAAGUUAUAUCAAAUAUCAAAACCGCAGUAAGAACCAUUAUAUAGAUGGAAUGGAUACAACAAGACACGAUUGUAAUGAAAAUUUCGUUAAUACAUGGAGUGCUAUUCAUUUAUUUAAUCAAUGUCUUAGUGAACAAAUUCAAUGUGCACGCAAUUAUACGAUGGCACAUCACUCAUUACAUGAACUACGCAGUGUACUGCACUCAUGGUCAAGCGAAAUGAAUAUUAGCUGGAGAGAAAGGGAAUUUUCAGGGACAUAUGAAGAAGCAUUGGAAAUAUCUGGUUUAAUACAGAAUAGUCGUAAUCAUUAUUUAUCGUGUUGGUAUAAAAUUGAUCAACUGGUCGGAAUACAAUCACAUAUAGUUUCACUUUCUAAGAAUUCCAAAUUACCACCAGAAAAGGCUAAAUUACUGUGCAAUUGUCGGUUACAUGAAAUAACGGUAACGACAGAAGAUGAAGUUUACCCUCAAAAAAGGUUAAGUGAUAGUAGGUGGCUCAGUGACAUUGUGGUAAACCAUGACGAGGGUUAUUCUACUUCACAGGUGAACUGGAAGUCACCGAUUCAGUUGAAUACUACUACUAAUUCCGUCUCUGCUACUGCUGUUGCUACUGCUACUACUGAUAAAAAUAAGAAGCCACCAUUUUUUUGUCGCUUAUUCAACAAACAAAAAUCUAAACAGAAAAUCAAUUUGAAUAACCAGAAAGAGAGUAAUGCAACACGAAAACAUUCUAAAUGGUUAAAACAAGUAAAUAUACCAGAAAUUUGUAUGCUAUCCACUGAAACAGAUGAAAAAUUUCAAACUUCUCUGAAUGACAUGCAAUGCACACUAUAUGAUGCAUGGUUAUUUGAUGACAGUAUAAUUGAAAAGGUUCUAUUAAAGUUUCUAACGAAAGUGUUCACCCUGUGGAAUACUCUGAAUUUUAUUAAAUGUAUGCCUGUUAAAUGGUGUGAAAAUCAGCGGGAUUUAUACACCUUUUUAACUACCACUGAAGAUUUAUUCUCAGUAAAAAUGGAGUCAACAUCAGAAUUCCAAGAAUUCUUGCAUGAAACACGUUUAUUACGGCUGGCGCUGACUGAUUUGUCUAUUACUGGUUCGGAUCAACAGUAUAAUUUUGUAGACAACUCGUGUGAAUACUAUGAACCAACCAAAUGUACUAAAGAUAUGGAAACAUUUUAUUAUCAGGAGAGAGAAGUUGAAAGUUUAAUUCAUGAAUAUUGUAUAUUUGAACAAGUGUGUAAUCUUUAUAAAUCCCAAAUACUAGAGCACAAAAGUGUAGCGAUAUCUCCACAAUCAUGUGAAACAAAAUGUAGCUUAGAUAAUGUACUGAGACCAGUGUCAGGAGAAUUAAUCUGGAAAUCUCUAAGUGGAUACAUUAACAACUCAGUACAGAAUACAAAUUUUAUGAAAACAUCAUUCUCUUCAUCUUUAUUCAAUCGAAGUUCACAACAUUUCAGAAGAUUUAAAUCGGAUGGAUCAUUUAUAGGAAAGAAUUUGGAUUUUGAUGACAAUACAAGAAUAAAAUCACCUAGUUCAGAAAUCAACCUCGUUGGAAAUAAUAACCUAUGGACAGUCAUUGAAAAAACUUUAGUUUAG